AUGAAUGAAGUGUUUGUGUUCUUUUCUUUCUUCGUCGUAUUGACGUUGCCUUUCAUUUUUCUCUUCUCUUCUCGUACACGUGAUAACAAACAGGCAUUGAGACAAGGAUUGAACGUCACCGCGGUGAAGAAAGACGUUUCGAACGUGAAUAAAGCUGGCCCAGGGCGUAACGCGUUGAAACUCGAGAACGAGACCGAAGAGCUCACGCACAAAACAGUCAAUACGGAGGUGAAAAAGGCCAUCAUGCAAGGCCGUUUAGCGAAAAAGUUAACGCAGGCGCAACUGGCGCAGCAGAUUAACGAACGUCCACAAAUCAUUCAAGAGUACGAAUCUGGUAAAGCUAUACCGAAUCAACAGAUUCUCGGGAAGUUGGAGAGAGUUUUAGGUGUAAAGUUACGAGGCAAAGGAAUGAGAUAA